AUGGCAUCCGGCAGCAAAUCAACUAAUUAUUCAAUCAAGCCAACUUCUUUCUAUGGUAGAAAGCCUUCUGGUAUCCACUGGAUACAAGCGCCUGUCUUGAUCAAAUUUGCUGAUGACGACUCAGAUCUAUGCUCCUCAGGCGGAGAUUCCAGCGAUGAAGAAAAUAUAACUGAUUGCGAACUAUUUUUGCCAAUACCUUCUUCGUCCAGUGAGGAAGUUGAUAGCAGUGAUGAAAAUGCUGACAGCAAUGACAAUCAGUUACUUUCAAUAUUAGGAAGAGCAAAUGGCAGCGCGGGUAAAAAAGAAGGUGCAACAGUGGUGCAAGCUACCAAUAAACCAAACGCAAAUGGAAAAAAGCCUGCAAAAAAAUCUCAGCUAUUGUGGAAAGUUAAAAGUCUUCCAAAUAAACAAGAAGACCACAAAUUUAAAGGUAACUACCAACAAAAAAUGGACGAGUUAUUGGAUUGUCUUGGUUCAGAACUGUCAUACUUUUAUCGGAUUUUUCCAAAAGAGCUUUUUCAAGAAAUUGCCUAUCAGACAACGUUGUAUUCCAUGCAAACCAAUCCUGAAAAACCAGUUGCUGUAAAAGAGGAAGAUAUAAUUAGUUUUGUUGCAUGUGUUUUGUAUAUGUCUGUUGUCAAACUCCCAAGCACAAGAGAUUAUUGGUCGUCUUCCAUUGGAAUUGCUCAUGUAGCUAAUAUUAUGCCCGUCAACCGCUUUGAAAAAUUAAAAAGCAUUAUUCAUUUUGCUGACAACAACUCUGCUGACAAAGACGAUAAGCUUUUCAAGAUACGCCCUCUCAUAAACAAAAUGAAUGAACAGCUGAACAGUAUUCCAUUUGAAGAAAAUUUGGCGGUUGAUGAGCAGAUUAUUCCGUUCAAAGGGAGACAUUUAAUCAAACAAUACAACCCUAAAAAACCACACAAAUGGGGGUUUAAAGUUUUUGUUCUGAGUGGUGUCUCUGGCUUCAGCUAUAAUUUUGAAGUUUACUGUGGAGGAAGUGACAACAUUUGCUUUGAGAAUGAACCAGACCUUGGGGCAAGUAGUAACGUUGUCAUGCGCCUAGCCCGAAUCCUGCCCGAUGACACUAAUCAUAAAUUGUAUGUUGACAAUUGGUUCAAUAGCAUUGGUUUAAAUGUUUAUAUGUUCAAGAGGGGAAUUCAAAUGGUUGGAACUGCACGUAGGAAUCGUGUUGGAAAUUGCCCAGUCUUGUCAGAUAAGGAAAUGAAGCAAAGGGGUCGCGGAGCAUUUACAGAACAUGUUGCCAAGGUUGCCAAGGAAUUUUUUUUUUGGAUAUUGCGCAUAACUUAA